ACGUGCUCGCAUGUGAUGGUCCAGGUCCUAUAUCAGCAAUUGGGUGCUAUCGAUAUCUCAGUUCUCUAUCAAAAGCUUUCUCUAUUAUCAAUCCCUUCUCUUCUUUAUAUUACUACUACCUAGUAUUCAUGACACCGUCUUCAUAAUGGCAACUUCAUUCCUUCAGUUUCUUUCCUAUUUGUUCGGUUGGAUAUACACAACAUGUUGGUCUUUUUCUUUCUAUCCUCAACCACUCUUGAACUAUAAGCGCAAAUCUACUUCAGGGGCAGCAAUCGAUUUCCCCUUCCUCAACGUCAUAGGCUUCGCUGCAUACUUUGUAUCUACAGUCUCAUUCCUCUACUCGCCGGAAAUCAGACGUGAAUAUGCUCUACGAAAUAAUGGCCAUACUCCAACUGUUCAGUUCAAUGAUCUUGCUUUCGCUGCCCACGCCUUCUUUGUGUGCUGUAUCAUAAUGUCGCAAUAUCACCUAUCCAUCUGGAAAUUCGAUAAACGUGGUAAAAGAGGUCCUGGCUCCAGAAUCAGCACAUCGAUUUUGGGUUUGGCUGUAGCAUGUAUUGCUGGGGUCGCGACUUCUGUGGUUAUUGUCCUUGCGCGAAAGGAUGAGGAUGUUGUAACGGGGUGGGCAUGGAUCGACGUGGUACGUUGGAUUCAGACUGCAUAAUCUUGUUACAUUUGUGCUAAUACCGUUUUCACAGGUUUAUGUCAUAUCAUACGUCAAGCUCAUUAUCACGACGGUUAAAUAUAUGCCUCAAGUUCUCACGAAUUAUCGCAAUCGAUCCACGACUGGUUGGGCAAUUGGAGGAAUAUUACUCGACUUCUCAGGAGGAGUUUUAUCGAUUUUACAAUUAGGAAUUGAUAGUUAUCUACAGGGGGAUUGGUCAGGAAUAGCAGGUAACCCAGUGAAACUAAUGCUGGGCAAUGUGAGCAUCUUCUUCGAUGUUAUCUUCAUUGUUCAGCAUUAUAUUUUGUACAGAGGGAAUGGGCGUGAUAAACCAUUCAAUGAAGAAGACCCUCUGCUUGAGCCGGAUAGGGAGCAGAGAAUUGAUUAGACAAGGCGCAUUUCUUUCUGACAUUAGAGAUAUCUAGCGACUGGAUGAUAAAUAGAGGUGGGCAUUAGCGUUGGGUUUGUCGGGUUUUAAGGUUAGCUAUCUGCGCUUCGAAUCUAAAUAUUACUUAGAGGGUUGCAAGGUCAACCGGUUUUCAUUCUUCAAC